CAGCAGUAGCCGCAGUAGCCGCAGCAGUAGCCGUCAUGUGAAUCAGCUGGACGAACAAGGAAGGAGAUAAAUAACAACACGACUCCGUCUUUCUACAUCAAGGUCUUAUCUGGUGAGAAGGCAGGAUGGCGGGGGCAGAGGUGUACACCCCUGCAAACCCCACCUGCAAGAUUAUGACCUUCAGGCCCACCAUGGAGGAGUUCAAAGACUUCAACCAGUACCUGGUUUACAUGGAGUCUCAAGGUGCUCACCGCGCAGGCCUGGCUAAGGUGAUUCCUCCUAAAGGAUGGAAGCCCCGUCGUACCUAUGACGACAUAGACAAUCUCAUGAUUGACGCUCCCAUCCAGCAGAUGAUGGCUGGCCAAUCAGGGCUCUUCACUCAAUACAACAUCCAGAAGAAGCCUAUCAAUGUGCAGGAGUUCAGGCGAUUAGCAAACAGUGACAUGUACUGUACACCACGCUACCUGAAUUAUGAAGAUCUUGAAAGGAAAUAUUGGAAGAACCUCACUUUCGUCUCACCCAUAUAUGGCGCUGAUGUCAGUGGCAGCCUCUAUGAUGAGGAUGUGGAGGAGUGGAACAUUGGCCACCUGAACUCUAUCUUGGAUGUUAUCGAAGAGGACUGCGGGGUCUCCAUCCAGGGGGUGAACACUCCCUAUCUAUACUUUGGCAUGUGGAAGACCACCUUCGCCUGGCACACUGAGGACAUGGACCUGUACAGCAUCAACUACCUCCACUUUGGAGAGCCCAAGUCCUGGUACGCCAUUCCCCCUGAGCACGGGAAGAGACUAGAGCGUCUGGCUACAGGUUUCUUUCCCAACAGCUUCAAGGGGUGUGAGGCUUUUCUUCGUCACAAGAUGACCCUGCUCUCCCCUUCCAUACUCAAAAAGUAUGGCAUCCCCUUUGAUAAGAUCACUCAGGAAGCUGGAGAGUUCAUGAUCACCUUCCCUUAUGGCUACCACGCUGGCUUCAAUCAUGGCUUCAACUGUGCAGAGUCCACCAACUUUGCCACUGUGCGCUGGAUCGACUAUGGAAAAGUAGCCACACAGUGCACAUGUAGCAAGGACAUGGUGAAGAUAUCCAUGGAGCCCUUUGUGAAACGUUUUCAACCUGACCGCUACACUAACUGGAUGGGGGGCAAAGAUUCUGCACCCCCCGACCACAUUCUUGCUACUCCCAGUACAACGCCGGAGCUGCAGAGCUGGUUGCAGAGGCGGCGCAAGAACAAACCUACGAACAAAGGCUGCACACACUCCCGAAUGCGCUCCAAGCGCCUCAGAACCACCGAGGAGCCAAUUGGCCUGAAUGGCAGCUCAGCGUUGACCAGCAGCAAGAGGAAAGGCCUGUGUAGUCCGCCUGGGCCCAAGUUGCGGAGGAUUGUGGCAGGGAAGAGCUGCAGGGAAGAGGCAGAAGAGGCAGAAGAGAAGGAGGAGGAGGAGCAGAAGGAGAAGAAAAAGGAAGCAGAGUUGAAGCACAACCAGAACUCUGUUCUUUCUGGUCCUUGCCGACAGAUGUGUGUGGUCAAGGUGAAUCGUGUAGAGAGUAAUAGUUUGGGUUUUUUGAAUAAGGAGUCAUCCCAAAACACUCGCUGCAGCUCCGUCCCCUCCCCUGCUUCAGCAGUGAAGAAGGACCUAAAGGCAGAGAAGGGCACACGCAGUGCGCCGCUACGCCUCUCAGGGUCAGGGGUCACAAGCAGGACUCCUGAAGGACUCGGACAAUGGCCUGAGGCUAACAAGACGCAUCCGGGAAUUAUUGAGCCACGGUGUUGCUCUCAUGAACCACGAGACCUCUCAUCAGCUCAGGACUGCUCCAUCAGGCUCUCUCCCCUGGAGGCCAACAGACUCUGCCCAUCUUCCCGCACACUGAGCACUUCUACUGAGACGAGCUUGCGUCCCUCUGGCUCUGAAGUUCAGACGGCUAGUUCCUCAUGCAGAGAAGACACUUUAAGCCAAACGUCAAACACUGACAUUAGCAUGGACACGGGUACGGAGGAUUACACCGACAGCCCUGCUGACGCAGAGGAAAUGGGCGCAGCUGUUCACAUGAAACAUAUCAAUUCACACUCCACGACAGAAGCACUUUAUGAUCUAAAAACUGAGCCCGUAGAGGGGGAUAGUUCCACAUCCUGUGGCUCCUUCUCCUCUGUAGCACACAAUUGUAGUUUAGUAAUGGAAAAUAGUUUCCCAACGCUGCUCCAGAGGAAUGCAGUGGAUAUGCCACAACUCACUCCAGUGUCAGCAGAUACGGUUGGACUCUGCCCUAUGCCCCCUGUGCUUAUCCAGGAGAUGCCCUCGCUCACCCCGGCUAAUGACGGGCUGACCGUCGCCCCGAAAGCGAGCACGUGCAGUCACCAGGUUGCACCGGUGCUUCAGCGGGAGACGCCGACCAACUCGCCGUCAUCGCAUCGAGCCAAGCAGGAAGAGGCAGAAACCGACUUAAUGAUGUCAAAGGAACCUCUUGCUGCAGAACCGGCCGACGAAUGGAAUUUAGAUUCUACGAAUAAUUGUGACGGGGCAGCAGUGUCUGGAUUACGAGGAAACGUGGCUCAUUUAACCACCAGUGCUCUGCAAGAAAUGACAAAGCUGGGAGAUGUUACUCCUGGACAGACUGACGCUUCCUCUCGCCAGCUAGUUCGGAGCACUGCACCUCAAACGGGCCAGCAAUACGGCGUAGCAGGGAUGGCAAGUGAAGAUAAUUCUGCUCAACAGGACACUGCAUUCGGUCUGAGCAGUCGUGGCCCCCUUUUAGCUGGCACCUCAAACAAUAGAGCCCCUUCCCCUCCAUUAUGCAGUCAGAGUGACGGUCACCUAGCAUUGCAACUCCAGCACCACGCCACAUACUCCCCACCGCAUCGUAUGUCCGAGAACCCAGACAUGGAGCCCAAUUCGUUCGCCAGCAGCAUCUGGAAAAACUUUAAUUCCCAGGGCCCUGCAGUGCUCAUCCAAAGUCUGCACCCAGAAAUCCCCUCUGACUUCACUCACGACCCCCUGCCGUACACCAUGUGGACUGAACCUCAGUGCAAAGAAGUCACGGACCUGGAGGAUGCCGAACAAGACCUCCGUGAGUCAGAGGACCGGGGCGGGGCAGGCGGGCCUCUCACCUGGGCCCAGCUCGAGCCCACCUCGCUAGUUUCAGUUGGAGCCGUUGAGCCCCUGGGCCUUUGUGGAGAUUUUGAGCUCCAUCGGGGGGAGGGGGAGGGGGAGGGGUCUGAAGCCCUUUCCUUGUGCAGGGAGAUCGGGAGGCAAAGGGAAGCAGAGGAGAGGAUGCACUCAGUUACUGCUGGUUCACCACUCGGGAUGGAAAGAGGAGAACAGGAUGGAGUGUCUGACAUGGAAGAAGGGGGAUCUGAUGGCGAUGAGGCGGAGCAGCGAAAAACUGCCAAGGGAGAGAGCGGUAGCGACUCAUCUGAGGAGGAAGAAGUGGAGGAGGAGGAAAAUGAUGCGAGUAACUGCGAGUGUGAUGAAUCAGGCCUGGAACCCGGGGAGGUUUGUGCCUACGCCGCCCUGUCAGUGAAGAGGACCACUAAGAGCUGGCGCCACCCAAUCAGGAAGCCAACAGCGAGGGCUGUACCCACUGCUGUCAAACAACAGGCUGCCAGUGACGAUGAGCCCCUUGAAGCAAGCCUGGCGAAGGGGGAGGAAGAACAAGAGGAGGAAAUGGAGGCGUGGGCGAAACCCCUCAUCUACCUGUGGCAGAACAGGAAGAGCUGCUUCACGGCAGAGAGGGAGUUCAAUGCCAAUGCAGCCACCACGCCACCACACUGCGCUGUGUGCACACUCUUCAUGCCCUAUUAUCAGGCCGAAGACAAAGUUGAGGACGAUGCACGGAUUGAAGCGAGGGACAGCUCCAAAUCCUCAUCGCCAAUGGAGGGCCAAACACGUCCCUGCAGAGGUCUCAAGAGAACUAUUCCUCUGGUCCCAGAGAUCUGUUUCUCUUUCCGGGAGCAGAACUGCCCCCCAACUCCCUCCAACCCUCUGCUGCAGGAAGAUGGCACCUCCCCUCUGCUCUACUGCCAGGGCUGUUGCCUGCAAGUCCAUGCAAGCUGCUACGGCGUUGCCGCAGAUGAUGUCAGCGAACAGUGGUCGUGUGAUCGCUGCACAGAAGGAAGCUUUACAGCAGAAUGCUGUCUCUGUAACCUCCGAGGUGGAGCUCUGAAGAAAACCCAAAGCGCCAAAUGGGCCCACGUGAUGUGUGCAGUCGUACUGCCAGAGGCACGGUUCAGUGAUGAAGCCAAGAGGGGCCCUAUUGACACCAGUAGGAUCCCCAUGCAGCGAUAUAAACUGAAGUGCAUCUAUUGUCGUAAGCGCUGCUCGGGGAAGCGGAAGGCAGGUGCUUGUAUCCAGUGCUCGUGUGGCCGGUGUCCCACCUCCUUUCAUGUGACCUGUGGCCAUGCUGCCGGUGUGAUCAUGGAGCCGGAUGAUUGGCCGUAUGUCGUGUCAAUCACCUGCCAUAGACAUCAAUCACGGAGUUCGUCAGCUAAGCAGCGAGCGUGCCAAGUGCCGAUCUCGCUGGGCCAGACGGUAAUCUCCAAACACAAGAACCUGCGCUACUACAGCUCCCGGGUCGCCGAGGUCACCUCCCAGACGUUCUACGAGGUCAUGUUCGACGACGGCUCCUUCUCCAACGAUACCUACCCCGAAGAUAUAGUGAGCAGAGAUUGUAUGAACUUGGGUCCUCCAGAAGUUGGGGAAGAUGUUCAGGUGAAGUGGCCCGAUGGGCUGUUCUACGGGGCCAAGUACCUGGGAUCCAACGUAUCCUACAUGUAUCAGGUGGAGUUUGAGGAUGGCUCUCAGGUGCUGGCAAAAAGAGAAGAUGUCUAUGCUUUAGAUGAAGACCUGCCUAAAAAGGUGAAACGUAGACUUUCCACCGCCUCGAGCAUGCGUUUCCAGGAUGCCUUCUUCACCACGCAGGGCGAGAGCAAACGGCAGAGAAUGCCCAACUCUCGCUUCCAGAAGGACUACGUGGCCCUGCCGGGCCUCCGUACGACGGGCAAAAGCACAUGGGCGCAACGCAGCCACAAAGGGAAAUGAAGUCACGGACACAUUCACUGACUCACCGGUGGAUGUAGCGGGGAGGCCGUGUCCGCGCGCACACGCUUGUGUGCUGGAAGCGCUUUGGCGCCACUUCCGUCUCAACCGUGGCACAACUUCCCUGAGACUGGGUCAGAAGAACGAGUCUGAAGGGGAACGGGGGACUCGAGGUUAGAGGGCGGUUCACUAGCGUUGCGGCGUGUACAUUAUACAACAGUGAUCGCGACAGCUGGACUCAUAGAACGGGUUAGUGGAGGGGCGGCGUUGCCUCGUGCUCUCACAUCCGUCAGGGGAAAUGAACGUGACUUCCAUUCGUCACAUUGCUCCGCCGCCCCCAGACCCUUUUUUUUCUUAUUUAAAAAAAAAAUAAACGACAAAAAUAGAACGUUUUUUUUCUUUGUACAUGGACAAUUCAAAAGAGGGGGAUUUUUUUCUAAAUAGCUGUGGUCUGAAUAUUUAUGCACUUUGCGUGUAGUAUUUUCCUCAUGUCUUUACUGUUUCUCCCCGCAUGUUAAACCGUGUGUCCUAACUGCUCCUGCUGGAGUCCAAUGACACUACAAUGGCUUCCUUGCUGCAUCUUUUUUUAUUUUUUUAUUCAACUAUAUGGACAAAAACAUUUGUUUAAUAUUGAAAAAUUAAUCAUUGCUGAAUUUAAAAGAAGCCAAAUAUUGAUCUUGUUUAAGCCCUUGCGAAGGUGAAAUAUUCAGACAGGAAGCCAUGACUCUGUUGGAUUCUACGCACUAUUAAUGUGAAAUGCUACUGUUGCUCCAUUGAAUGAAACGCGUUGUUAAAAUUAUUUAAAAUUUGUAUUUAUUUUUGGCUUGCUCUAGGUAAACUAUUGCUUACUGCUGUAAUGAAAACAAUAAAAAAAAGAUGUUUUUUUCUAAAUAAAA